AUGAAACACAAGUUCACCCCCGGCCACCACCGCCGAACGCACACUAAAUCCCGCCACGGCUGCUUCCCCUGCAAGCGCCGCAAAGUCAAAUGCACCGAGGAGCACCCACAGUGCAUGAAUUGCUUCCAGCGCAACACCCCCUGCGAGUAUCCCAAUCCGGCAUCCCUGCUUCUGAAGCGACCGCCUCUUGCACCGCCCCGAGCCGGCAGCAGCCCCGUGCGCAUCCUCCCCUUUCCAUUCCGCACUCCGUCGGAUUCCACAGCUGCUACAGACUCAGCAGGCUCGCCAGCAGCGGCAGCAGCGACAUCCUCCGAGCUGAAUCUGCUUGAUCUGCGCCUCUUCCACCACUUCCUAACCGCCACCUACCCGCACCUCCCCGCAGGCAACGAAACAAUCUGGACGACUACGAUCCCCGUCAUCGCCGCCUCCAGGCCGUAUCUCAUGCACGCGCUGCUCGGCCUAGCCGCCACACAUCUGCACCUGCUCUCUUCCUCGCCACUAGCAUCUUCUACCCCCUCCCCAUCCCUAGCUCCCUUUCCAGCACCACCUUCGCUCGGCACCAACACUAGCACCCCAUGCACCAACCCCUGUCACUCCACCGCCAUCCACACCUCUCCACCUCCCAACGCAAAACUCUCCGCAACCGGCGUCGCCCACCGCACCGCCGCCCUCGCGGGCCUCCACGCCUCUCUGGGCCUGUCCUCCAGCAGCUGGUCCCGCGACGACGUCGACGCCAUGCUCGCCGCCGCCUACGCCCUGACGUUCCAGGCCACGUACAUGCUCGAGGACGGGCUGGUGGAUUUCGUCACCAUGGUGCGAGGGUGUGCGCUGAUCACGCGGCAGAUUGAGUCGGCGAGCCAAGGGAAUGCAGGGGCAGGGGCAGGGGUUGGGGAAAGCAGCUGCUUCACGUUGGAGCCUCGGGCGUUCGUGACGGUGUUGGAGCCCGGGUUGGGGAGAAUGCCGGGCGUGGAUGCUUGGGUUGUCGAGUGGGGUUUGCGGGCGCUGGAGGACGUUAGGAGGAGGUGGAGGAGAAGAACAAGAAGGGAGUGCGAGUGGGAAGAUGGAGAAGAAGAGCAGCGCUUCUUCGCCGCCGUAAAAGUCGUCCUCACGGCCCUGCGUGAUGGCAAAGGCGUGCGCGACGGCUACGUCCUCUUCUGCGAGGCGCACGCGAUCUGGUACGACUGCGACGCCGCGGCGUUCGAGCGCCUGGUCGACGAAACCAACACGGUUGCGCAGGUCCUCAUGGCCUUCUUCCUCGCGCUCGAAUGUCUCCUGGCGCCGGUGUUUGCGGGGCGCUGCGAGUUCAAACGGAGGCAGCAGGUCAUUGGGCUCAGGGUGCUGUGUGUAGGGAGGUGGGUGGAGCGGAUUCGCGAGGGGUGCGGGCAGGGGUGGACCGGGGAGUUGGCGUGGGUGGAAGCGGUGGUGGGGGAGGUGGAGAGGAGGGCGAGGGUGUGGUUGGAGGGCGGGUGGGAUGAGGAGGUUAGCGGGAUGUGGUUGGGGGUUUUGGGGGAGGGGGGAUGCGAGGGUUUGAAGAGGCUGGCACGGGAAGGGGCGAUGGAGGAGGGGUGGACGAGGGAGGGAGAUCAGUGGAUCUGA